AUGAAAUUCUCGCUCCUCGCCUUGGCCGCCGCCGCCGGCCUGGCCGCUGGUCAGCAGACGUUCUCCCUCCCCGACUGCUCUCAUGCUUGUGUCGGCAGCUACAUUACCGGCAACAAUAUUUCAGGCUGCAAAACCACCGACAUCGCCUGCAUCUGCGCCAACAAGGAAUUUCUCAGCGGCAUUUCUUGCUGCUUGGAGCACAAAUGUUCCAAGGAUGACAUCGACAAGACGAUCAGAUACGCUGCCCAGCUCUGCAGCGCCUCCGGCACUGUGAUACCCACCCAACUCAUCUGCGGGCAGGCAGCCUCCUCCACAUCCGCCUCGGCUGCGGCCUCCCAAACAUCCACUGGCACCGCAUCGAGCACAAGUUCGGCAACCGCCCCAGCCGCGACCAAAAGCAGUGCUGCUUCUCCUGCUGCCGCCAACCUGGGCAACGUUCUCGGCGCCGCCCUGGCCCUUGCCGCUUUCCUUUGA